AUAUAUUUUUGAUAGAUCUCAUGGGCCCAAAAGUAGUCCUAUCCGAGAAUCUUAUGUCUCCACAACGUCUCUGGGUCCAGGCUCGGUGGGUAACGUACCCGGUUUAUUCUCUGAUUCACGAUUGAUUCCUAAACUAAUCCGGUUUGUAUCAGUAUGCUGCCUGUCACCAAUAUAUACUGAAAUUUCAAAUUUGUCAUUUUAUCUUGGAUUUGGUAUAGAAUCUACGGAACUUGAGACCAAACCAGUUCGGUUUUCACAUUUACACCUGAAUCAUUUACAAAGCUGGCCAAGUCUUAUAAUUUUGACAACUGGAUACAGUUUUACACGUAACGUAACUUGUCCAAAAAAAUACACCAUCAAUUCACAACGCGAUAGAAAUAGAACUUUACUUUUCUUUUGACUAAUCAAUAAGGUAUACGUUUAAUACAAUAACAAAGUCGGUGACCAAAUAAAAAUCUUUAUAUAAAAGCAUAGUGUUUGAGAUAAUAUAAAAUGGCUCGACCAUCCCGAACACUACGGAGGACCCAAAAAUAAUGAGCCAAGAGACAGCGAUAGAGAGCUUCAAGAAAUUUCAACACACAUGGAUAGGGCAGCUACAACACCACCUCAACCACCUGCGCUCCGUCCAAAACCACCACCGCAACUCUGCUACCGGUGACGAGGAACGGCUGAGGGAAGCGGUGCAGAGAGUGAUGGAACUUUGUAGAGAGUACCACAGGGCGAAGUUGGCCACGACGGAGAAAGAUGUGGUCGGAGUUAUGGCUGCUCCUUGGUCUUCGGCUCUUGAACGGUCACUCCAUUGGGUUGGUGAUUGGCGACCAACUACCUUGUUUCAUCUGGUUUACACCGAGUCUAGUAUUUUGUUUGAGUCUCGUAUCGUUGAUAUUCUCCGGGGGUUUCGUACCGGUGAUCUCAGUGAUCUAUCUCCUUCUCAAUUCAGGUUUAAAUUUGUCAAAGGCAGGAAGGUGAGUGAGCUACAAUGCGAGACGGUAAAGGAAGAGAAUGCGAUAACGGAAGAGUUAUCAGAGUGGCAAGACGACGCGAGCGAGCUCGUCAUGGGAACUGUGUCGAAUCUCGACCAGAGGAUACGACGGCUAGCAGAGAUCGUUCAUCGAGCCGAUGAUCUCCGACUGAGAACGAUCACAGGUGUGGUGGAGCUCCUAAGUCCGCUGCAACAAGCCGAGUUUCUCAUUGCUGCGGCUGAGCUUCGUAGGGGGGUUUCUGGUUGGGGGAGUAGCCACGACCGUCGUCGAAGUGCCAACGUCUAAAACGCAUGUUAACGGUUUUGGAAAGCUAAUAAGAAUUGAGAGGAUUUAAUAGUUGUUAGAUAAUAAUUAUAUGUGUUUACCAUGUUUUUAUUAUCCAAAUUGAGUUUGGUUUUUACAUGGUUAUGAAAUAUGGAAAACUGUCUUAUGUUAUGUAUGCAUGUUUUACGAUAUAUAAGUCGAACUAUGUCUUGUUAACUUGCCCUCUUUUUAGUCAGUUUGAAAAAUUAGAUGGGACUAACUGAAGCUUUUGUUUCUUUGUAAACAAAAAAUAAUAAAUACACGUGAAUCGGGGGACGUGGGUUAUCGUUGGUUUCUUUAGACCAAGUGGAUACAGAAAAAAAAGGUCAAAGAACAUUAUUACAAAAGACAUGAAGUGAACGUGGCGUGGUAAUAUCUCUCGAAGACAUGCAUGAAGACACUUGGUAUGGUACGCGUCCUUCUAUCACGGCGUCGAUUCCUAGCGUUUUGUUUGGUUGGCUGAGUUAAAACUGCAAGAGAUUCUCUCUCUUUUUUCCUCGUUAAAAAUAAGAGAUUCUUCUUCAUAAAUUAUUUUAUUCAAAUAAUCGAAGAUACUGGUGACAUAGCCAUUUUAUAUUUGUUUGGUCAGAGGACAGCUCUCUUCCCAAUUACGCACUUGGUGUACCUUUUGAUUUCCCUUGCAUCCUCGUGCAAUUUUAGUUGUUGUUCGCUUUUUUGUGUAAUGUUUAGUUAACUAUGAAAGUUUAUACUUCAAUUAAUUUAUUUAUGCUUAUAUGUAAUGCCUAUAGUAGAUGGAAAAAAAAUCAAAGGGUUAUAGUUUAUAAUAGUUAGCAUAAAAAUCACUUAAAAUUACAAUAGUGAACGCCUUGGUCUAGUGGUUUGACCAAGAAUUUAUUAAUACUUUUAUAUCAGAAGAUCUAGAUUUUAAUUUUCGGAGAAGAUGGAACUAUGCAAAUUAAGAGAGAAAAAACUUACAAGAGAUCUAAAGUAUGGCGCAAGGAAUACUCAUAUGAUAAUGCUCAGGGUAGCUCAGGUGAUGCAGUCAUGCGUGAAUUCUUAUAUGGCAGGUAAAACUGUCGGCUAUAGAAUCGUCUGUAAUAUUUCUAAAAUUAUAGUUAUCCAGUGUUAAAAAAAAUUUACAAUAGUGAGAAAUUCCAUAAAGUUAACCGUUACAAAAAAAAAAAAAAAA